AUGAAUAAUAAAGUAGAAAUUGAUAAAUCACCAUCAGACUAUAGAGAAUAUAGAUAUGUAAAGUUGGAGAAUGGCAUCUCAGUGUUGUUGAUUCACGAUGAGCAAGAACAACAAUCCGCUGCAUCUCUAUCGGUUGGUAACGGUGGCAGCUAUAAUGGAGACACUGGCUACUUCUGUACCUCCUAUUACUUCAAGAUCAAUCAGCAACAUCUCGAGCAGGCACUCGAUCGGUUCUCAUCGUUUUUCAUCUCGCCACUCUUCACCAAAGAUGCCCCGCAUCGUGAGGUGAACGCUGUCAACUCUGAGUACCAGGCAAACGUACAGAACGAUAAUGUACACAGUUUCUACGCUACACUGAUGUCGUUCGAUGACCAUCCGCUUACCAUGUUCAACUGUGGUUCACUGGAAACUCUCAAUAAAGCCGAUCUACACUCAAAGAUGGUUGAAUUCUACCAUAAAUACUACUCCGCCAACUUAAUGAAUCUGGUCAUCAUCGGUCCACAGUCGUUGGAUGAACUCGAGAAGUUGGCAACCUCUUAUUUCUCAUCGAUCAAGAACAACAAUGUGAAUGUCGAAUUCUUUUUUAUCGAUAUUGCAUUGACCGAGAAGGGACUUGAAAACUACGAUGCUAUCAUUGGCCAUAUCUACAACUACAUUGAACUCAUGAAAAAAGUAGAUGUUUCCUAUCUCUACGAUGAGAAACAGCAACUCCAACAUUCAAGCUGGGCAGCCAUUGGAAAGUCUGACUUGAUGACCUAUGCCGAAACCAUCAGUAAACACUUUUGUAUCAACUCCAUCGAAAGAGGUGAUAUCCUAAGCUUUGAAUACAUUUUCGAGUCAUUCAACACCAAACAAUAUCAAGAGAUAUUAAACUGUUUCAAUCCAGAGAAUGCAAUUCCAGAGAAUUUCGAUAUCAAGUCGGAACAAACCAAUGUCGUUCAGCCAUUGGACAAGCUCUUCGAUGAACAAGGAAUAACUGUUUUGUUCUCUCCAGACACUCAAUUCAAUACACCGCUUGCAAACUUUUAUUUUAAAUUCAACUCGUCGAUUGCUACUGCACGCCAACUCACCAUGGUCUAUCUCCUCAAGAAGUGUGCUAAAAUACUGUUGAAUGAAGAUGUUCGUUAUUUCGCUUUGAUGAGCGGUACCAAAUUCAAGUGGGAAAUCACUCUGACCGGUGUGAGCUAUCGUAUCCGUGGAUUCAACGACAAGAUCGCUCCAAUCAUUCUCGACAUCUUUAGUAAGCUCUCGACAUUCGACUUGUCAGAGAUCCAAUUCCAGCUGGCAGUUGCCAAAGCUCUCGAGAAGAAGAGAAACACCGCUUUCUGCAGUCCAAUCGAUCACGGACUCAAUCAGAUCCGUCCAUUCCUAUGCAACACAAUCUUUGGCACUGCCGAAGAUAUCCAUGUACUAGAAUCGGUCGACUACCAAGAGUUUCUCUAUUUCGUUCGUCAUUACUUCAAGACCAUGAACAUUCAAUCUGUAAUCACAGGUAAUCUCAGUCGUGAGGAAGUGCUCAACUUUUCAAACCAAUUGCCAAAAGUAAUGAACGAGAGAAGACCAUCCCCAAAGUGUGACAUUCUCUAUCCACGUAGUGUAGAGCUUACCCAAGGCAAACGUUAUCAUCUUCGUCAAACCUUUGUUGAUGAGAAUCAAGUCAAUUCAGUGUGUAUUGCUUACUUCCAGGUCGGUAAAGGUUCGGUUGAACUCUAUUCGAUGGGAAUGCUCUACGACCAAUUGAUCUAUAGUAGUUUCUUCAGUGAAUUGCGUACCAAACAGCAGCUUGGAUAUAUCGUUGAGACAGCAUCAGACAAAGAACUGGCAACCGUCCAUCUACGUGUACAGGUACAAUCAGACACCAAAGAUCCAGAGUAUCUAUUUGAUCGCAUCGAUGAGUACAUUCAACAAGGAUUGAAGGAGGAACUCAACGCUUUAGAUGAAUCGGAGAUCCAAAAGUAUGUCACCUCUUUGCAAGAGAUAUUACUACAGAAAAAACCAAACAAUAGACGUCAAGCAUUGGAAUACACCCAAAUUACUCAAACAUAUGAAGGUGACCAAAAAAUAAGACAAAAACAAGUUGAUUAUCUAUCAACUGUUAAGAAGUGUGACGUGUUGGAUUUCUUUGAACAAUAUGUAUUGAACAAAGAAAAGAGAAAAAUGGUCGUUGUUCAAAUCUAUGGUAGAGGACACAAAAUCAAUCCAAUUAACGAUCCAAAUGCUAUUGAAUUGACUGAUCCAGUAGAAUUUAAGUCGUCAAUUGGUUUAUAUCCACCAUUCUGUUUAACUAAAUAA